AUGGCUGUGUCCACGGGAGAUGUUAGUACCGUCCAAUAUGUUGUCGUCGUCGUCGGCUUGUUUUUAAUAUACAAAAUUCUACAUAUCGGAAUGCGGCCUAAAAACUAUCCGCCAGGUCCGCCAACGAUACCGAUCGUAGGCAACUUGCUACAGAUACCAAUCAAGAACUUCCACCUUGGUUUCCAAGAGAUUGCUAAAAAAUAUGGCCCAAUCGUCUCCCUGAAACUGGGUGCCACUGAUAUGAUCAUGCUCAACCACCCCACAGCGGUUCGGGAAUUGCUCGAGAAGAGAAGCAACAUUUAUUCUGCCAGACCGGACAUCUAUAUUCGUGAAUACCUUGACAACUACAAUAUUCUCCUUCGCGACAACGAUGAUAUGUGGCGCAGACAGCGGAAACUGUAUCAUGCUCGUCUGAACGUGAAAACCACCGACACGUAUUUGCCCUAUCAGCACUUCGAGUCAGUCCAGUUCCUCCAUGAUCUUCUCUACCAACCCGAAGAGUUUCUCGAACACACGCGAAGAUUUACCGCAAGCGUGUCCACAACCUUGAUAUACGGGUGGAGAACUCCCAAGAUCCAUGAUGGUUGGGUGAAGAGACUCUUGGAGUGGUUUGACGCCACUUCAGACGCAAUUAAUUUCCAACUCGUGGAUUUUUACCCCUUUCUCAAGCCAUGGUACCGCAUCAUGCCCCAUUGGAUGAGCUCCUACAAGCGCACGUUGCGUCGCAUUCGACAAUUGGAGAAUGCUACCUUCCUUCCCUUGCUGGAAGAAGCGAAGAGGAGGAUCCAGGAGGGCAAGCAUUAUCCUUGCUUUACAGCUGACAUGCUCCUCGACAAGGACGCUGAUAGACUUGAGGAUGUACAAAUUGCACAUAACGCCGGCAAUGGGUUCGGUGCAGCAAUGGACACGACGAGUAAUACAUUGAUGGGCUUCAUAAAGGCCAUGGCUCUGUAUCCCGAAGUCCAGGCCAAAGGCCAAAAAGAAAUCGAUUCCGUCAUAGGUGCAGACAAGAUGCCGAGCUGGGAUGACCGAGCCCGUCUCCCGUAUAUACGUGCGAUCGUGGAGGAGACGGUGCGAUGGGCCCCCAGUCCUUUGACGGCGGCAGCACCUCAUUCCUUAUUGAAGGACGACGUUUAUAACGGAAUGGUGAUUCCCAAGCGUUCCCCAUUCUUCCAGGUGUGGACUUUAAACCACGGGACAUUUGCAGAGCCCCGGCAAUUCAGACCCGAGCGUUUCACCGACGAAAGCACCGCCCUCGAAAGCACGGCAAUCAGCCCCGACUCUUCCAAACGGCCUCACUUUACCUUUGGCGGUGGACGGCGUGUCUGCCCUGGAUUCCACGUUGCCGAGCGAGCCCUCUUCAUCGCAAUCUCGCGCAUGCUGUGGUCAUUUGACAUCCGACGCAAGUACGACAGCAAUGGCAACCCAACCCCGAUCGAACCCGACGCCGUGACCCCAGGAUUUAUUGUCCGCCCUGCUGAUUUUGAAUGCGACAUCAAACCACGAGACGCCCACCGAAAGGAUAUGAUCAUCAACGCUUGGAAGGAAUGUGAAAAGGAGCUUGACAGCGAGGGGAAUUACACAGAGGAGUUUUUCAGGAGGACUUUCAAGAAGAAGUUUUAG